AUGAAGCAAAGAUUCUCCUCUCUAGACGUCAAGGUCAUUGCUCAAGAACUGUCACACGCUCUCUGUACGCUGCGUCUUGCCAAUGUCUAUGAUCUCUCAUCCCGUAUCUUCCUCCUGAAAUUCGCCAAGCCGGACCAGCGUGAAUCCUUGGUCAUUGACUCAGGUUUCCGGUGUCAUCUCACAAGCUUUACCAGGGCUACAGCUGCUGCCCCUUCGGCUUUUGUGGCACGGUUACGCAAGUUUCUGAGAACGCGAAGGGUUACUGCCGUUUCACAGGUCGGUACUGACAGAAUCAUUGAAAUUCAAUUUAGCGAUGGCCAAUAUCGUCUGUUUCUCGAAUUCUAUGCUGGAGGCAACAUCGUUCUCACAGACAAAGAUCUGGGAAUUAUCAGCUUGCUUCGUGUAGUUGCAGAGGAGCAAGAACAGCUGCGUGUAGGCUUGAAGUAUUCGCUGACGGAUCGCCAAAAUUACAAUGGUGUUCCAGCUUUAACGUCAGAGAGGAUCAGUGCAGGUUUGCAAAAGGCUGUUGAUAAAGUAGGGGGAGAGAUCACAGCGCAUCAGAAGAAGUCGAAGAAAAAACCAGGUGAUGCUCUGCGCAAAGCUCUGGCAAGUUCCAUGGGCGAAUUUCCACCAAUGCUGAUCGACCACGCGCUACGAGUAGCUGCAUUUGACCCCAAUACUCCUGUUGAGGACGUGCUAAAAGACUCGUCGUUGAGGGAAAGGCUUGUUGUAACCUUGAGGGAAGCGCAAAGGAUUGUAGACACGAGUUCCGUGACGUGCAAAGGGUACAUCAUUGCAAAACCUGCAAAGACAGCAUCCGCCGCGGUCCAAGACCCAGUCCUGAAUGAUGGGACAGCUACGGGACACAGUCUCAUGUAUGAGGAAUUCCAUCCCUUCCGACCUCAACAGUUCGAGGACAAUUCCGAGAUCACGAUGCUCGAACUUGACGGCUAUAACAAGACUGUCGACGAGUUCUUCUCCUCAAUUGAGUCACAAAAGCUCGAGUCGCGUCUCACGGAAAGGGAAGAGAAUGCGAAGAGGAAGCUUGAGACAGCAAGGCUGGAUCAUCAGAAACGUCUCGGAGGAUUGCAGCAGGUUCAGGAGCUCAAUAUCCGGAAAGCGCAAGCUAUAGAGGCCAACUUGCGGAAGGUACAAGAGGCUCUUGUAGCGGUCAAUGCCCUGAUAAGUCAGGGCAUGGAUUGGCAAGAAAUGGCACGGUUGAUAGAAAUGGAACAGGAACGACACAACGUUGUAGCAGAAAUGAUCAAAUUACCCCUGAAACUUUACGAGAACACUGCAACCUUACUCCUUUCAGAGGCAAACUAUGAAGAUGAAGACGAUUAUGAUGGAGAUGAAACCGGAAGCGAUGUCUCAGUCUCAGACAGCGAUGAAGAUCUGCAAACCAAGACGAAGGUUCACAAUGUCCCAAAGCCUGCUGACAAGCGUCUUGCUGUAGACAUCGACCUGGCGCUUUCACCAUGGUCAAAUGCCCGGCAGUAUUACGAACAAAAGAGGUCUGCUGCCGUAAAGGAGCAGAAGACACUCCAGUCGUCCGAGAAGGCUCUGAAGAGUACAGAGAAGAAGAUCAGUGCUGACCUCAAGAAAGGUUUGAAGCAGGAGAAGGAGGUCAUGCGUCCUCAGAGGAAGGCUAUCUGGUUUGAGAAAUUCGUAUACUUCAUUUCUUCUGAGGGUUACCUUGUACUGGGUGGGAAGGACGCCCAGCAAAACGAAAUCCUGUAUAAGAGGUACCUCAAAAAAGGAGAUGUAUACAUUCAUGCUGAUUUGCAUGGGGCCGCGUCUGUAAUAGUCAAGAACAAGCUCGGAAUGUCAGAAAGCCCUGUACCGCCCUCAACGCUCUCACAGGCAGGCACCCUGGCUGUAGCCACUUCGAGCGCUUGGGAUUCCAAGGCGGUGAUGUCUGCGUGGUGGGUGGAUGCAAAUCAAGUAUCCAAAACAGCUCCCACGGGAGAAUUCCUACCAACUGGUAGCUUCGUCAUCCGAGGCCACAAGAACUUUCUUCCUCCAGCUCAACUGCUCCUUGGUUUUGGGAUCAUGUUCAGAGUCAGCGAAGGGAGCAAAGUACGGCAUCUUAGGCAUAGGGUUCAAGAUCCCGUAGGUCCUACACCCUCAGAAGUUGGGAAAGAUGUUGAAGAUAUAGGAGGCGACCAAGAUGAUGCGGAUGGAAUGGAAAGCCAAGCGGAAGAUCAACAAAUUGAGGCCGAUGAUGAUGAAAACCAAGAACUUGGACAUAUCCAAGACGCAGACGGAGCUGAAAGCAACGGCGGAGAUGACAGCGAGGUUGAUGGAAACUCAGACCACGUGCGUGAUAAUCCGCUACAACCCACCGGCCGCCAGCAAAGCGCAUUACAUCCGCCAGACCACCCCAGUGAUGUCCUAGCCAAAGACUCAGGCACUGAACCCGAUCAGGCAACGUCGGGCGAGAGUAGUAAUGAGGAAGAUGAAAGUGAGCAGCGGGAACAGACUCCCAAUUGUGAGAACUCGUUCGCAGAUACUGAUCAAAGGCGUCACCUUUAUGCUAAAGAGCGCCGGCUAUUACGCAAAGGUCCUCUACCCUCCACGAUGGAUCCCGCAGAGACAGCACCUACAAGCACGGACUCGGAAGGCAACGCAAACCCAGCGCAAAUCUCGAAUCCAUCUACUCAGCCCGACACAAAAUAUCUGCCGCCUCGAGUCCGUGGAAAGCAUGGCAAACGCCAAAAGCUCAAGACCAAGUACGCCAGUCAAGAUGAAGAGGACCGUGCCCUCGCCAUGCGUCUUCUUGGAUCAGCUACCGCUCAAGAGAAGGCCACAGAGGACGCAGCUGCUAAGGCCGACAAGGAGAAGAUGCUUGCGACACAGAAAGAGCGACGACGAGAACAACAUGCUAUGGCUGCUGAAAAGGGCAAAAAGGCUGAAGAGUUACGCAAACUGAAUUUUGAAGAGGGCAUCGAGACGUUGGAUGACCAUGAACUUGAAGGAUCAGAUGGCCUGGACGCGUUUGUUGGGAAUCCGCUUCCAGGUGACGAACUCCUCGAUGCGCUAGUCGUUUGUGGUCCUUGGGACGCGAUUGGGGGAAGAUACAAGUGGAGGGUAAAAUUGCAGCCAGGGACUACGAAAAAGGGCAAAGCCGUACGAGAGAUUCUUGGAAAGUGGAAUGGCAUGGUGACAGAGAGAGAAAAGAAGAAAAGACCAGGUAGUGGCGAAGGAGAUGAAGCUAUAUCGGAGGAAGAGACGUUGAGGAUGCGGGAGGCACAGUUGAUCAAAGCUAUCCGUGAGCCUGAGAUUGUUGGUGUCGUCCCUGUGGGAAAAGUAAGGGUUGUCAUGGGACCAGGAGAGGCAGGUGGUAAAGGAAAAGGUGGAGGAGGAGCAGGAAAAGGCAAGAGAGGGGGGAAAGGCAGUAAGAAGCAGAGGUAG